AUGCGUUCUUCUUUUCUCUUCUUCUGGGUCCAUUUCUUUCUGUUCUUGAACUUCAAUUUUCCUUCAAAUUCUCUUCCUUCGUCGCCUGCUAAUAAUGUAACGCUCUCUGGUGACGCCUACUUCGGAAACAAUGCCAUUAGUCUCACCAAAGAAUCCAGCUGCGUCUCUUCCCCUUCUUCUUCUGGGGUUGGAAGAGCUUUCUACGUCCACCCAGUUCGUUUUCUUGAUUCUGAGACCAACUCCACUGCAUCUUUCUCUUGCCGUUUCUCCUUCUCCAUCGUACCUUCUCCGGUUUGCCCUUCCGGAGAUGGGAUUGCGUUUUUGAUAACUGCCAAUACCGAAUAUUCUAGCGCUUCUCGUGGCUCCAUGGGUCUUCCGGAGCAUGCCUUAAUAGCAGAGGACCCCUUUUUCGCUGUGGAAUUUGAUACAAGUUAUGAUCCUUCCGUCGGAGACAUCAGUGGGAAUCAUGCCGGCAUCGAUGUCAGUACGAUCAUAUCUUUCGUUUCAGUCGAUGUCUCUUCGAGGGGGAUUGAUUUGAAAAGCGGGAGGCAGAUUACGGCUUGGAUUGAGUACAGAGAGGCCAUAAAAAUGAUCCGAGUAUGGCUUGGGUACUCGCAGAUUAGGCCUGCAAGUCCCAUUCUCAUUUCCCAGAUUGACCUCUCCAACCAAUUCAAGGAGUUCAUGCAUGUUGGGUUCUCUGCUUCUAAUGGCCAGGGCUCUUCAAUUCACGUUAUUGAAAAUUGGCGAUUCAAAACUUUUUGGUCUCUCCCCUCUGUGAUUACGAUGGAUACUCUGGAAGAAGGGGACUGUUUCGUUUGCAUUUCUGAGGACCAAAGCAUCACAAAUGCAAGCAUCUCUGUAGAUGAUCAUGCAAGAAGAAAGAAAGUAGAAGAGCUAGCUUACGGAUUGGGAGGAUUAGCUGCAUUUCUCUUCUCCGCAUCUGCAAUUUUUGCUGUAGUCCUUUUUUUCUUGAUAAAGAGCAGAAGACUCCAUAUCAGAAAAAGCAAAGAAGGCCCAAGUUGUAGAUAUCAGACGAAUAGAGCACCGGAAAGGUUGUCACUUUCCGAGAUAAAGGCAGCUACAAUGGCGUUUAAUCGAACCAGAGUUAUUGGAGAAGGGGCAUCGGCUACAGUUUAUAAAGGGUCUCUUCCAUCUUGGGGAGAGGUGGCUGUUAAAAGAUUUGAUAGGGGCAAUGAGAUUGAUUGUAUGCCCAAUCCUUUCACUACUGAGUUUGCAACAAUGAUGGGUUGCUUAAGGCACAAGAAUUUGGUUCGACUUCAAGGAUGGUGCUGCGAGAGAAGUGAGCUAGUCCUGGUUUAUGAGUACUUACCCAAUGGAAGCCUCAACAAAAUCCUCCACAAACACUCAAAUUCAACAAUCCAUCUGUCAUGGCAGCAAAGACUGAAUAUAGUUCUAGGAGUCGCCUCUGCUCUUACUUAUCUGCACGAUGAAUGCGAAAGGCAAAUAAUUCACAGAGAUGUCAAGACUUGCAACAUAAUGCUUGAUGCUGAGUUCAAUGCCAAACUCGGAGAUUUUGGUUUGGCAGCAGUCUAUGAACAUAGUUCUGUGACGAGGGAAGCAACUAUACCAGCAGGAACAAUGGGAUAUCUGGCUCCUGAGUAUGUCUAUUCUGGGGUCCCAACUAAGAAAACUGAUGUUUACAGCUUUGGUGUUGUGGUGCUGGAGGUAGCAACAGGGAGAAAGCCUGUUGAUGAUGAUGGAACAGUGCUUGUUGAUUGGGUUUGGGACUUGUGGGAAAAGGGGAAACUUAAUGAGGCUGCUGAUCCCAUGUUGAUGGGUAAGUUUGAUGAGGUGAAAAUGGAGAGGAUGUUAAUAGUGGGACUUUCUUGUGUGCAUCCAGACCCCGAAAAGCGGUCACCGGUGAAGGAAGCUGCAAGGAUUCUCAGAGGUGAAGCACCACUUCCAUUGUUGCCAACAAGGAAACCCAGAAUUAGAAUUCGACCUGUUUUUCCUGAAGAUGUAUUUGGUGAAGACAUUGAUGAUAUGCCAUGGAUGACCCCAAAGAGCCAUCUGAGCAAGGAUUAG